AUGCCGGACAAAGACGCUGGAACCCCCCGAGUAUUUCUCGUGCGGCACGGGGAGACUGAAUGGACGAUUUCUGGUCGUUACACAGGUCGAAGCGAUAUUCCGUUGACUGCCAAAGGUGAACAGCAGGUUUCUUUGUCGGCCAAUGUGAUAGUUGGUCCAGGCAAGAUUGUCGAUCCAUCAAGAGUUGCCCACGUGUUCGUGAGUCCUCGUACUCGAGCACAACGAACAUACGAGCUGCUCUUCGACGAGUCUUCGCGAACAGACCUCAUUGGAUCCUAUGAGACUACAGAAGAUAUCCGAGAAUGGGAGUAUGGAUUGUAUGAAGGGCUUUUGACCGCGCAGAUUAGACUAGGUCGCAAGGAGCGGGGGUUAGACAAAGACAGGCCAUGGAAUAUAUGGGUGGAUGGCUGUGAGGGAGGAGAAUCAGCUGCUGAAGUGGCAGCACGUCUUGAUCGGAUAAUCGCCAGAAUCAAGGAGAUACAUGGGCCGUAUAUGCAUGGAGAGAAAGCUGCGGAUGUUAUUUUGAUUGGUCACGGGCACAUACUGAGAGCUUUUGCCAAACGGUGGAUCGGCUUUGAACUCAGUAUGACUCUGCCUAUGAUGUUAGAACCUGGCGCCAUUGGAGUAUUGUCGUACGAACAUCACAACAUUGACGAGCCGGCAUUCCUGCUUGGUGUCAAUAUGGGAGCAAGCGAUGAAAAAAUGUGCUUCCCAAACCCGUCAAAGCAGUGA